UACCGUGACGUAAUUCAUGAAAAUGUGCGUCCACUUCGACUGAAUACUCGUUGCGUUUGAGUGGAUUGUACAUUAUAGAAAACGCGACUGACUUUAACAAUAAUAAAGAGAUUAUUGAGCAACGUCUAAAAAUGUUCUCCAGAUUCUCGCUGUACACUAAUUAUCGGAUUUUAUGCACAACCAAUAAUGUCAAACAGAAAAUACUGACUAACCGAUCCAUGCACCUGAGUUGUCAGAUUGGAAGUGGAUCAGUGAAGACUUUUCGAGUACUUACAAUUUCAAAACAGAAUCCUAUACUAGGUGCAGCCUUUGUGCGACAUGCAAGUUCUGAAAAUGCAUCUGUUCAAAGUGUACCUGCAAUAAAUCCACUGGAUCAGAUACCUGAUGCACCUGUACCAAAUACUUUGAUGAAUGAUGUCUCAGAAGUAAUUACUUCUGUUGGUGAACCAUCACUUAGUAGUAUAGGACUGGGUGGUUAUACACCAGUUGGUAUGGUGCAACAAUGUUUGCAAUUUCUCCACAUAGGAUGCGAUCUCCCUUGGUGGGCUGCUAUUGUUGUUGGAACUGUAUGUGUCAGAAUAUUACUUUUCCCUCUGGUUAUAUUGUCACAAAAAAAUGCAGCAAAGAUGAACAACUAUUUGCCACAAAUGCAACAUUUACAAAUGAAACUGACUGAAGCCAGGCAAUCAGGAAAUCAAAUUGAAGCUGCACGGUACGCACAAGAAUUACUACUAUUCAUGAAGCAAAAGGACCUUAACCCUCUUAAAAAUAUGAUUGUACCAGUUGCACAGGCACCAAUUUUCCUCUCGUUCUUCAUGGGAUUACGCAAAAUGACAAAUGUGCCUAUUGAAAGCAUGCGAGAUGGUGGUUUAUGGUGGUUCACAGAUCUUACUGUACCUGAUCCGUUAUAUAUUCUACCUAUUAUUACUUCUGCUACAUUAUGGGUGACCAUAGAAUUAGGCACUGAUAGUGCCAAACUAGAGCAAUUUGGAAUGUUCAGAUAUGUUUUACGACUAGUUCCAUUGUGUAUUCUUCCAUUCACAAUUAAUUUUCCUGGGGCAAUUUUGUGUUACUGGGUAUCUACAAACUUUAUAUCUCUUAUACAAGUUGGUAUACUCAAAAUACCAAAAGUGAGAAACUAUUUUAAAAUUGAUGCUAUGAUUACACAUGAUAAAUCCAAAUUACCUGCAAACAAAGGUUUCGUCAAAGGGUUCAAGGAAUCAUGGACCAACAUGAAAAUAUCAAGACAAUUGAAUGAACGAGCGCGUGUUGAUGAAAUAGAAUUUCAAAAGGCAGGAAGAGGGCCAAUCGUCAAAACUUAUCCUUAUGAUCCAACAAAUAAAAAUAGUACUAAUAGUGCUGCUAUCUUGACAAAAAAAAGAUAACCAGUGUAUUGUAAAUAAAUCAUGUAAUAUAUAGUAUUUAAUACAUACAGUGACUGUUUAA